UAAUUUAUAAUGUUAUUUAUUUAUGCAUCAUUUUGACUGUAUGAGGCAAAUGUAAAUGUAUAUUAUAAUAGGUGUAAUAAGAAACAAAAUAAUGUUAAUUUAUCAAUAAUCAUAUUUUUAAUGAAACCAAGUUUCUUUAUUUGUAUUUAUUUAUUGUUUUUAAAUAUAUUCAAAUAUUGAUCAGGUUCCUUCUUUACCAACACAAUACGAUAUCCUGAGCUGCAAGCUAGUAGCAUUGGGGUACAGCUUUAUUACAAAACACAUUCCAAGUGCUUUAAAGACAAAUAAACUUUCGGACAAUUCUCAUUAAUUACUAAAUAACUUUCUAUCGCUUAUUUAUAACUUAUAAGAAUUUUUUUCUUUUGAUAAAGUCAAUACAUUCAGGUUAUAGCCUAAUUACUUGUCCUUCAAAAUAUUGUUGAAACAGUUAAGUUUUGAUGCGAUUGGCUAUGAAACCAAUUAUUAACAAUCGUGUUCAUGGAAUCAUGCAAUACUGUGUUAGUGUAGUUAUAUUCAUUUAGUAAGUGUUCUGUCUACUACAAACUUUUGAAAAAAUGAAUCAUGCAAUAGUUAAAAUAAAUGGAGUACCAACAGAAAUCAUUACCUUCAAUAGAUGGAUUGAAGAAGAAAUUCCUGUUGACACAAGGAAAGAUAUUGUUAUAAUUAUAACAGGUAAUCAUGGUGUCCCUGGAUUUUAUAAAGAAUUUGCCGAAGUGAUACAAUCAAAAUUACCAAGCGAAGUACCAAUAUGGAUAAUUGGUCAUGCAGGACAUACAAAACCACCUGAAAAUUUAAUUCAUGACUAUCCAGACUUUGAAACUGAGAAGCAUUUUUAUGAUAUGAAUGGUAACAUCCAGCAUAAGAUUGAUUUUAUCAAAAGAUUUGUACCACCUGAUGCUAAAAUUCACAUAAUAGGUCAUUCUAUUGGAAGUUGGAUUACCUUGCAUUUAUUAAAAGAUAGCAAUAUUGCUAAUAAUGUAAUUAAAUGUUACUUACUAUUCCCUGUUAUUGAGAGGAUGGCAGAAACUUCUAAUGGACAAAGAUUAACUAAAACAGUAUUAAGAAUGAAUAAAUUCCUUAUUUUUCUGUCAUGGCUGAUUACUUUCAUUCCCUAUCUUAUUCAAGCAUUUAUAAUCCGGGUUAUUAGUCUGUUUUACUAUAUCCCACCCAGUUUAACUAAACCUGUGCUACAACUGGUACAUCCAGAGCCUAUAAAGCGACUUUUAUUGCUAACUCAAGAGGAACUGAAUCUGGUGAAGCAACGUGACGACACAACAAUUGCUCAGCACAAGGAUAAACUGUUCUUGUAUUAUGGGGCUAAUGAUGCUUGGACACCAAUGCAUUAUAUAGAAGAUCUUAAGAGCAAACAUCCUGACAUUGAUGUGCAUGUUUGUAAGCAAGGUUUUCACCAUCCUUUUGUUCUGAAAGAUUCUGUAGGGCUUGGAAAAAUGAUUGGAAAUCUUUUGAGUGAGUCCAUUUCUUCUGGGACUUGGUAGUCAUUAAUAUCUACUUAUGUGAAUAUUUUUCCUAUUAGAAGUAAGGCAAUGUCAAUUAAUGAUAAGUAGACUAAUACCACAAAUGUAAUUUUUCAUGAAAGAAUAUAAAUAAAUGAUUAUUUUUGUGGAUGUGAUAUGAAA